AUGGCCGCCGAGCCGCAGUUCAGCCGAGCUGCCCAGCAGCAGCCGCCGAGCCGCCCGGCCGCUGAGCCGCAGUACAGCCGAGCCGCCCAGCAGCCGCCGCCGAGCCGCCGGACCGCCGAGCCGCAGUACCGCCGAGCCGCCCCGCUGCCGAGCCGCCCGACCUGCCCUGUCUGUGUCCUCGCUUUUGACGCUGAGGGUCGAGCCAUUGACUUUGAGGUCUGGGUCGACGCCCUGCAGCUGUUUUUACAGUGCGAUAGGGCGGACGGUCUUUCUCUCUUUGACCUCACCUCUGGCGCCUCCCCUGCUCCUACUGCUGAUGUUGACCCCACUGUUUGCUCUCAGUGGGCCACCCGCGAUGCUGCUGCACGUCUUGCUGUGCGUCGCCACCUGCCUACCACUGAGCGCGCGCACUUUAGUCAGUACAAGAGUGCUCAGACCUUGUACGACGCUGUAGUUGCGCGCUACUCUUCCCCUGCCACUGCUGCACUGAGCCGCCUCAUGCUACCGUACCUCUUUCCUGACCUUGCUGCCUUUCCUACAGACGCUGACCUCAUCACGCACCUCCGCACUUCUGACACUCGCUACCGCGCCGCACUUCCUGCUGAGGACCACUUCCUCUCAGUCUGUCCCACCACCCUCACUGUCGACCUCCUCGAGAAGGCCCUCCUAGCGGCGGAGAAGAGCAUAGUCGCUGUAGGAGCCUCUCGUGGUGACCCGCGCACCCCCAUCUUUGAGGGGUGUUCUCCUUCCGCCCUGCUGCCCUCUGUUGCCUCUGCUGCUACUGCCGACCUGCUUGGUUUUGAGUCGGUCGGCGCGGCGUCUGCUCCUAGCGGGAGACGCCGCCCUGGCAAGGGUAAGGGGGGCAAGGGCGCGGGUGGAGCUAGCGGGGGCGGUGGAGGUGGCAGUGGCAGUGGCGGUGGGAGUGGUGGUGGGGGUGGUGGUGGUGGCGGCAACGGAGGCGGCGGCGGUGGCGGCGGAGGCGGUGGGAGCGGAGGCGGCGGUGGUGGCGGAGGUGGAGACGGCGGUGGCGGAGGAGGUGGAGCCGGUCGGGGUAGUGCCCCGCAGCGGAGCGGCUUUGGUGGUGGUCAGCGCCAGCAGCAGCAGCAGCAGCAGCGUUCUCGGGACAUCCCCCCGCCUCAGCAGCUCCGUGAGUGGUACACGCAGCGUCAGCGUGGUGGGGGUCUUGGCCCGUGCACCUACGUUUUUUGUUCCGGCGACCGCGCGGGUGAGCAGUGUGGGGGUGCCCACUCCACCCAGCGCUGCUUUGGCCGCCUGACGGACGCUUGGCGUCAGCAGUUCCCCGAGGCUAGUGAGAUUCCCCGCUGGGGAGAGCUGUCUAGGGCUAGCGUAGCGAUCUUUGAUCUUGACUUUGAUGCUAUCCUUGCUGCCAUGUAUGCUCUGACUAUUAGUGAUGAGGGUGACUGUUACCGGUGUUUCCCGCCUGACCCGGGCAUUGGUACUGCUGCGCUAGGUCUGUACCUCCCCUUGUUCUUGACGAACUUGGUGAGUGGUGCUGACCUGCAGGAUGCGGGGGUUCACCAGUUUACUCCUGCGAGUCAGCGGGGGACCCACUGCUCGGACGCCCGCACAGGCCGACACCUAGCCACGUUUUCGCGUCGGCCCGGGUCGAGUCUCUACACCCUCACCACUGAGUCUCCUCCAGUCCCUGCGUCUGGCCAGGUAGCUGCGUCGGGACCUUCCUGUGUCCCCUGUGUCGAGGGGCGGCUCCGGGCUGCCCCUCACUCCUCCCAGUUUCCCCCGACAGAGGCUCCUCUGCAGACGCUUCACAUGGACGUGUGGGGCCCGGCCCGCGUCCAUGGACAAGGUCACGAGCACUACUUCCUACUGGUGGUUGACGACUACUCGCGUUACACCACGGUCUUCCCCUUGCGCAGCAAGGGUGAUGUCACUGAGGUGUUGAUCGACUGGAUCCGCGCAGCUCGUCUCCAGCUCAGGAGGAGCUUCGGCUCGGACUUUCCUGUUCUGCGUCUGCACUCUGACCGAGACGGAGAGUUCUCCUCUGUUCUUCUGCGAGCCUACUGUCGUGCACGAGGCAUCCGCCAGACCUUCACGCUUUCAGACUCUCCACAGCAAAAUGGGAUUGCUGAGCGCCGCAUUGGCAUGGUCAUGGACGUCGCUCGUACGUCCAUGAUGCAUGCGGCUGCCCCCCAUUUUCUGUGGCCGUUUGCGGUUCAGUACGCGGCACAUCAGCUCAACCUUCACCCCAGGGUCUCCCGGCCGGAGACCUCCCCAGCUCUGCUGUGGACGGGGAAGGUCGGCAAUGCGUCGGCAUUCCGUAUCUGGGGAUCUCGGGCGUUUGUCCGCGACUUGUCUGCGGACAAGCUGUCCCCUCGUGCUGCUCCCUGUGUCUUCCUAGGCUUCCCCCCUGACGCCCCAGGGUGGCAGUUCUACCACCCCUCCUCUCGUCGUGUUUUGUCCUCCCAGGACGUCACUUUCGACAAGUCCGUCCCCUUCUACCGCCUCUUCCCCUACCGCACUCCUUCCCUCCCCCCGCCACCGCACUUCCUUGUGCCAGUCGAGCCGGUCGAGGUUGCUGGUGACUCAGGUACUGCUGGGGGUGCUGAGCCUGGGGGUGCUGAGCCUGGGUGUGCUGACUCUGGGGGUGCUGAGCCUGGGGGUGCUGAGCCUGGGGGUGCUGAGCCUGAGGGUGCUACCUGUGGGGGUUCUAAGCCUGGGGGUGCUGAGCUUGGGGGUGCUGCCUCUGGGGGUGCUGCGCGCGGGGGUGCUGAGCCUGGAGGUGCUGCGUCUGGAGCUGCUGAGCUUGGAGGUGUGGAGCCUGCGGCCACUGGACCUCCCCUUGUGGUGUCUGGCGGUGCUGGGCCUGGAGGUUCUCUGGGUGUUUCGUCUCGGCGGGAGCCACUCUCUCCACAGGAGCUGCGUGAGUGGUUUGCUCGCCGCUGGAGGCGUACUGCUGGAGCUGGCGCUUCUUCGACCGCUGAGGGUGCUGUUGUCGCCGGUCCCAGAGCUGCUGGCUCUGCGGGUCCGCCUGGAGCUGGAGCUCCUGAGGGUGUUGGUUCUGAGACUACUACUGUCAGUCCUGGUGGUCGUCGUGCUACGGGUGCUGCUGGUGCUGCUGGAGGUCCUGCUGCAGGAGGUGCUGUUGGCGCUAGUGCUGCCGGAGGUGCUGAGGGUGCUGGUGCAGUCCCUGCUAUACGUCCUUGA